AUGAAAUUCGAUUGUCAAGGUCAAAGUGAAUGUGAUCAUGGUCAAUGUUUUGAAGACGAACAAGAAUGUCCAACAAGAUCAAUUUGUAUGUGUGAUUUAUGCUAUUUUGGACAACGAUGUCAUCUGACUACAGAUGGAUAUGGCUUAUCACUUGAUGUAAUCUUAGGUUAUCAAAUUUCUCCACAUGUUAGCAUCAAUUAUCAGCCAUUGAUUAUAAAAAUAAGUUUAGCAUUAACUAUUAUUUUUAUUAUCACAGGACUUAUCAAUGGUAUUCUUUCUCUAAUUACAUUUAUGAAUAAAACUCUAUGGCAAGUUGGUUGUGGUUUAUAUUUACUCACUUCAUCAAUCACAACUUUAUUUAUAACAAUCAUGUUUGGAUUAAAGUUUUUCAUUCUUCUUCUUUCUCAUAUGUCAAUUAUAUCAAAUCGGUCAUUUUUAUCUGGUCAAUGUUAUUCAUUUGAUUAUAUUUUACGAAUGUUUGUUUCUAUAGAUCAAUGGUUAAAUGCAUGUAUAGCUAUAGAACGAACAACUGCUGUAAUAAAAGGUGUAAGUUUUGAUAAGAAUAAAAGUAAAAAAACAGCAAAAUUAAUGAUGGCUAUUCUCUUUAUUACUGUUGCUGUUAAUUAUGUACAUGAUCCUAUUCAUCGAUAUAUCAUUGAUGAAGUCAAUCAGGAUGAUAGUCGUCAAAAUAGAAUAUGGUGUAUUAUGAAAGAUUCACUUAGUUUAAAAACUUAUAAUUCAUUUAUUCAUACAUUUCAUUUUAUUAGCCCAUUUAUAAUUAAUUUAAUAUCAACUAUAGUUCUUAUAGUAGUGAAAACUCGUCAACAAGCAAAUCUUCAUAAGAAACAAACAUAUAAACAAACUUUAUAUAAAACAAUUAAAGAACAUAAAAAUUUGUUAACUGCUCCAAUUGUUUUAGUUAUUCUUGGUGUACCACGUAUAAUUCUUACAUUUAUAUCAAACUGUAUGAAAUCGCCAAGUGAUGCAUGGUUAUUUCUUCUUGGAUAUUUUAUUUCAUUUAUUCCACCAAUGUUAAUCUUUCUAAUAUAUAUUCUACCUUCAACAGUUUAUAGAAACACAUUUCACAAUACGGUUAAACAAUAUACAACUAAUAUUUUACGUUGGUUCGGUCUCAUACAAUAA